UGAGAAGCAGUGAGUGACUGGAAGCUUCGUAAAGCAAAUGAGAACUAUAUAAUGGUGAAGCAGGUGUGCGACAUACUCCAAAGAAACAUUUCCUAGGGAAAAGAGAAAAAAAACAAUGAAGAACCUUCAAUUUCUCCUGCUAUUAUACGCAGCACUUUCUCAUGCUUUUCCUGCACACACAAGGCAAAAGAAAGAAGAAAGCAUGCAGCUUAUCCAGAAGUACUUGGAAAAUUACUACGGCUUUGAGAAAGAUGGAGAAUCUUUAAUUUGGAAAAGUAACAGUGCUAUGGCCAAAAAAAUAAAAGAAAUGCAGGAAUUCUUUGGGAUGGAGGUGACAGGAAGACCAGAUUCCAGCAUUUUGGACCUAGUGCAGAAACAUCGCUGUGGAUUCCCUGAUGUAGCUGGGUUCUCCACCUUUGCAGGAGAGCCAAAAUGGGCAAAACAAGUUCUGACAUACAGGAUAUUAAACUACACACCAGACUUACGCCCAGCAGAUGUCAAUGCAGCCAUCAAGAAAGCAUUCAGCAUUUGGAGCCGUGUGACCCCACUGAAAUUCGUCAAGAAGGACAGAGGCGAUGCAGACAUAAUGAUCUCCUUUGCAACCAGAGGUCACAACGAUUUCAUCCCUUUUGAUGGACCAGGAGGGUCUGUUGCUCAUGCCUAUGCACCUGGUAAGGACUUUGGUGGAGAUGCACACUUUGAUGAGGAUGAAACCUGGACCAAAAGCACAGAAGGUGCAAACUUGUUCUAUGUGGCUGCCCAUGAGUUUGGACAUUCACUUGGACUUUUCCAUUCCAAAGACCCCAAUGCUCUAAUGUACCCAAUUUAUAGGAAAUUUGACCCUUCAGUCUUCCCUCUUCAUCAAGAUGAUAUUAAUGGCAUUCAGUCCCUCUAUGGACCUUCUAACACCUCGAAUUACCAAAGAGAUUCUGCUGAGAUAAAAGACCAAACUGAGUCAAAAGAACCUGUUCUGCCAAACUCCUGUGGCCCUGAUGUGACUUUUGAUGCUGUCACCACUUUCCGUGGGGAGAUAAUAUUCUUUAAAGACAAGCAUUUUUGGCGCAAGCAUCCUGCAGUCAGAGAAGUUGAUUUUGAUUUGGUAUCUUUACUCUGGCCACGGCUGCCAUCUGGUGUUGACGCUGCAUAUGAGAUUCCUGAGGAAGACAAAAUUCUCCUCUUUAAAGGGAAUGAAUUCUGGGUUGUGAGAGGAGAAACCGUAUCACCAGGAUACCCACAAAAACUCCAAAUCCUUGGAUUUUCAAAGGAUGUUGUCAAAAUUGAUGCUGCUUUUUAUGACAGAAAUAAGGGGAAAGCAUAUUACUUCACAGAGAACAAAUUUUGGAGCUAUGAUAAAAGAAAUCAGUCCAUGGACAGGAAGCCAAGACUGAUAAAAGAUGCGUUUCCAGGAAUUAAUGCGAAAGUUGAUGCUGUUUUUCAACAUGAAAAAUGCCUUUAUUUCUUUCAAGGAAGAAAGCAAUUUGAGUUUGACCCCCAUAAGAAGAGAGUAACACGCCUGCUAACGACAGACUUCUGGUUUCCUUGUUAAGAAAAGGAAAUCUACACUGGUGUAGGAAAGAAUGCGGUGUUUUUGCACUGUAAACACUAUUUCUUUUAUAAUUAUAUGGAACAUAUAAGUGCUUCAGACUCAGACAUCAUACGUCAUGCCCUGCAUAUUCAUUCUGUGCUUCUGUAAAUAACUGAAGAACAAUGUUUAGCAUACUGAUAUGUAUAUAUGUGUACAUAAUUAACAUCAGAAUGGCUCACGUAUUUUUAAAGCCCCUAGUAGCAGGGCCACUGUUCAAAUGGAACGCUCCAGAGGGAAUUUAGACUAUAAGCCUUUAGUCUGCAUUUCAUCAAAGUCCGAAACACAGUAAGACACACUCAGUCUUGCAGGAGAAAAGAACUGCUAUUUUUUCCUGAAGCAAACAGUGCAAAUGAUGCUGCCAUACCUGCAUUUGAGUUGUAUCACCUCCAAAAAUAAGAAAUGAAUAGGUCUAAUUGGUGUCUGACAUUGACAAAGUCAGAGAAAUAGGUUCAAAACUUCUAACUUUAAUGUUAGUUGGAAUUGAAUAAGAAAUCUUUCAGUGAUGACAGCUUGUUCCUUGUUAUUUGACUCAUGCUGUUCUUAAUUCUGUUUUUUCUUCAUGUUUCUGGUGCAGUUUUCUGAGCGGUCCUGUAACCACAAGAUAUUUUAAUGUCUUAAUCAGUUCAUCAGCUACAAUAGGAAAAGCCAAAAAUAUGCAUGGAUGGUUUGGCUCAUAUUUUAUAUGUUUUUAUUUUCUCGAUGAAUUCUCUGCCUCUGGAUUUCAGUGAUUUCCUUCAGCUCUCCCUACCACUCUCUUCCUAGCUGUGCACUCCAUACCACUGCCACUGGGGCUAACUUCACUAGGUCAUGUUACUUUAACUGUGAUAAUGGCUUCUGGCUCUGAUUUUUUAGAUGUUUUUGAAAUAUUCUCUUUCAUGUGAGAUUGUAAUUCUUAAAGCAAUGCAGGCCUGUCAUAGAACUGUCAUGAUUGUUCUGACUCCUAAAUAUUUCCUGUUUCUUUUUUUUUGAUGAUUUAUGGGGCUUCCUUUUUACCUAUUACAUGCACAGAGGAUCAUGCAAAUUACUGCUUAGGAAAUUGAUACAUGGCAGAAGUAGAGUUUCACUGACUCCACUAUUAUCUGUCUUUAAAUAAUUUCAGUGUUUGGUGUUUGUUUGUUUAUUAGUUUAACUGUAGUAUGUUGGUGUCUUAUUUUUCUUCCCAAUCCUUAGUUUGAAAAUCUCAAGCACUACUGGCAAGUCAGCCUCAUUAUUUUUGUGAAAACAGAAUUUUUCACCAAAGAUUAUUGACCUGUGUUUCAGAUGUUGUACUCUCUGAGGUAUACUUUGAGACCCAGACUCCUAGCUGAUACAUUCAUUGUUUGUGGCACACUUGGACCAAGGGUUUCAGUAAAUCCUUACCUCAGUUUCUUGUGUAUUUCUAUGUAUGCCAGAUUUCCAGCCUGUUUGCAUCAAGAUUGGCCAAAGAUGAAAUUCUCUUCCCAAGGAACAAAACUAUCAACUGAUUCUUUCUCCUACUGAAUUCAUUUUCUUUAAUAGUGUAUUUUUCUCCAAACAUUUCAUUUGUUUUUGUUGUCGCUGUCUUGUUCUGGAAGAUAUUUUUUUCUAUA